AGGAAAGAGCUGUUCUUAGCCCAGACAGGAGGGGACCACUAGGGCUGCGGGAGCAGCGGGGUGGAGAACACAGGAACCGUUUAUUACAUGAAAGAUGGAUAUGAUAUUUGGUAGAAAUAAAGAAGAACAUCCAGAGCCCAUAAAAGCUGAGGUGCAAGGUGAGGUGCCCACCUGGCUGCAAGGGAUAUUGCUCCGAAAUGGCCCAGGGAUGCACACUAUAGGGGACACUACGUAUAACCACUGGUUUGAUGGCUUGGCUCUGCUGCAUAGCUUUACAUUUAAAAAUGGUGAAGUUUACUACAGAAGUAAGUAUCUCCAAAGUGACACGUACAACUGCAACAUAGAAGCAAACCGAAUUGUGGUGUCUGAGUUUGGAACGAUGGCUUAUCCAGAUCCAUGCAAAAACAUAUUUUCCAAGGCGUUCUCAUACUUGUCUCACACCAUUCCUGAGUUCACAGACAACUGCCUGAUCAACAUUAUGAAAACUGGGGAUGACUUUUAUGCUACCAGUGAGACUAACUUCAUCAGGAAAAUUAACCCGCAGACUCUGGAGACAUUAGAGAAGGUUGACUACAGCAAGUAUGUAGCUGUAAAUGUGGCAACUUCUCACCCACACUACGACAGUGCUGGAAAUGUUCUCAACAUGGGUACUUCAAUAGUUGAUAAAGGGAGAACAAAAUACAUUAUGUUUAAGAUUCCUCCCUCUGUGCCAGAAAAAGAAAAGAAGAAAUCUUGUUUUAAGCAUCUAGAAGUGGUAUGCUCCAUCCCUUCUCGCUCUCUGCUCCACCCAAGCUACUACCAUAGCUUUGGAAUCACAGAAAAUUACAUUAUCUUCGUGGAGCAGCCAUUCAAACUGGAUAUUGUCAAAAUGGCAACUGCUUACAUCCGAGGUGUGAAUUGGGCUUCCUGCCUUUCCUAUCAUAAGGAGGAUAAGACUUGGUUUCACUUUGUAGACAAGAAGACUAAAAAAGAAGUAUCCACCAAGUUUUAUAGUGACGCUAUGGUGUUUUUUCACCAUAUAAAUGCCUAUGAAGAGGAUGGCCACAUUAUUUUUGAUCUUAUUGCCUAUACAGACAACAGCUUAUAUGAGAUGUUCUAUUUAAAAAAACUGACUGAAGUCUUUGAAGAGAACAAGCUUACCUCCAUGCCAACCUGCAAACGAUUUGUUGUUCCUCUGCAGUACAAUAAGGAUGCUGAAGUAGGUUCUAAUUUAGUCACACUUCCAUCAACCGCAACUGCUGUAAAAGAGAAAGAUGGCAGCAUCUAUUGCCAACCUGAAAUACUAUGUGAAGGAAUAGAACUGCCUCGCAUCAACUAUGACUAUAAUGGCAAAACCUACAAGUAUGUCUUUGCAACGGAAGUCCAGUGGAGUCCAGUUCCUACAAAGAUUGUAAAACUUAAUACCCAGACAAAGGAAAUGCUUCACUGGGGAGAGAACCACUGCUGGCCAUCUGAGCCCAUUUUUGUUCCCAGCCCUGAUGCAAGAGAAGAAGAUGAUGGUGUUGUUCUGACCUGUGUUGUGGUGUCUGAUCCAAAGAAAGCACCCUUCCUGCUUGUCUUGGAUGCUAAGACAUUCAGAGAAUUGGGCCGAGCCAUAAUUGAUGUAGAAAUGCAUCUGGACCUGCAUGGAAUGUUUAUACCACAGAAAGAUUUGAAGACUGAGACUGAGUAAAAUGCUAUUCAUCCUGUUACACAGACUGAGACAACCUUCUGUGGUUGUGGGUUAGUGUGGGAUAUCAUUCAGGAACAGCCUUGCCUUAUGAAAAGAAAUGACUAAAUGUAAUGCCUUCAAUAACCAUAUAUAAUCUCUUCAAAGAGAUAAAAGUAACUUUUAUUACAAAUAACAAAAGAUUGGUAUUGAAUGCUAAUGUUGUAUACAACCCGUGGGGCAGGGAAUAGGAGACAAAGGUAACAAGAAAUGUUUUAUUUGAGUAGAAUAUAGCUUUCUGAGCAAAUGAAGUACUGUAUUUAUAGGGUGAUGUAUGGUAUGAGUCACAUGUGUCUGCAGCUCAUGUAACUUUCACAGACUGUUUCAAGGCUGCAAUUCAUGAUGAAAGUUGUCUCCUGCCAGGAACCCUCACGUUAAACUGCCUGCUAUGAUGCUGAUAAUUCAUGGCAAUGCAUUUUCUUGGUGCUUGAUUUCUUAAACUCUGCUGUAACCAAAGUAUUACACUGAGGUGCUACGACUUUCUAAUUUAGAACCUAAAAAGCCCUGCUUUGCUAGUAACUUCAGGGUGUAUUUUUCCCUUUUAUGUUGACAAAAACAAGUAACUUGAAAUAGAAUAUGUGGUUUUAUGUAGCAUUCAAUUAUACUUUAGUGCUAUUCAAUCUUAAGCACUUGGUAUUUAAAUCAGUUUUCCUUGAGAAGAGUAUCUGACAUGACAUUUCAGGUAAUUAGAUUAUUAAAUUGUGUAAAAGAUAAACAGAAAUGUAUUUAUUAAUAUUGCUAAUAGUGUCUGUUAAUAACAGCAUGUAUAUGAAUAAGAACAGUGUAUUUCUAGCAGAACGCAGAUACAUAUUCAACAAGCUGUUUAAGUAAAGGAAUGAAAGGCUUAAGUUAGACCUCAUCUGAACUACAAGCUCGUGUUGCUAUAGCUAAGCAUUUGCUUUAUUGCCUGCUUAGGAGCAUCCAUAUUCUGACACAGGUUUAUCGUUGCCUGUAACAGAUGCUUCCCAAUGAAAACACCAAACUCUCAUUCACAGUCACAAUUAAAAAGCGUGUUUCAACAUAGCGUUCAAAUGCCAAGUAUACCGUGGCUGGUUUUUGUUAUAGGAAAGGCAUCUCCUAAUCCCCUGACUGUAUUCCUGUUUUCUGAUUUGGGCCAUUGAUUUUUCUUUAAAUGAGAGCUUUUUUUCCUUUUAAUUGUAUGUUCCUAUUGCAGCUAGCUUUACAGGUGGAGGCAAUUUUACUCAUGGAGAAAACUAGGUGUAUUUCCAUCCAUUUUAGGUGCUUACCUGCUCUGUAUGCAAUCACCACACUACUCAGGUAUUUCUCACUCUUCUGUAUACCCACUCUUACAGUGUCUCUGCUGCUCACUGUGUUUUACAGGUAGGAAACAGAAUGGAAUCAUUGUCAUUUACUAUCUCCUCAUCACAUCAGGGCUUUGGUGACUUGUUCGUGAUUACACAAGAUGUUUAUGGCAGAGCAGGAAUUGAACCAACAUCAUCCCCCAUUCUUGUUUGCUCUGUAACAACUAUACCUCCCUUCCUCUCCUUAAGCCUUUACAGUUUAUAAUAUACAGGCUUAUUUCUGUACAGGCUACUUCUAAUGUAAAAAAAGUUACUGUGGUCAGAUCUAUAGUUAAAAUAUGCAGUUUGGAGCAUUAAAACUUUUAGGUAUUCCAUAAAAUAGAAAUAACCAUUCCAGUAAGUGUGUCUGCAGAAACUGUAAUCUUUUGUGUUUUCAAGACAUAUUGCCACUACUAUUUUAAAUAAAAUUAUCUUCUAAAGAAGAAAUUUAAUUCCAUUUUCGUAAGUAAUAUGGAAUCAGUACUGGAAUAGAUAACUGACUUCUGAUGCUGGCAAAGGACACCAACUGUGGAGUUGUUUCUUUUAAUCUGAAAAAGUUUGGAUUUAACAAGUCUCCACAAAUAUUUCUGGAAUUGCAAGGUGGUAAUGAAUCAAAAGUAUAACGAUUAUUAUAGAUCUCUUUUUAAGAGUUUGUCUCCAGAAUUUCUUCUGUAGAAUUCAUAGUGUUAUGUUUUCAGGUGAUCACGAGUUUGGAUACAGGUGUUACUGGACUUCUGAGGAGCUAAUUCUUACUGGCAGAGAUGAUAUGAUAGGGGAAUAUUCAUCACAAAAAACAAUCGGAUUUGUUAUCUGCAGUCCAAGAAAGCACACGUGUUAUUUGUGUUCAUGUAUACUGCAGAAAGUAAAUUCUAAGAAGUUGU